GGCUGGCAUUUGCAGAAGGUUCGUGAUCAAAGAUUUCUUUGAAAAAGAUCUUGAGAAAACCUUAAAGUAGUCAACAUGGUCCAGUGGACAGAUGCUGAGCGUUCCGCCAUCACAUCCCUGUGGUCAAAGAUCGAUGUGGGUGAAAUCGGACCCCAGGCUCUCACCAGGCUGCUGAUUGUGUAUCCAUGGACUCAGAGACACUUCACUUCAUUUGGCAACCUUUCCACCAACGCCGCCAUCCUCGGAAACACUAAGGUGGCCGAGCACGGCAAGACCGUGAUGGGUGGUCUGGAGAGGGCUGUGAAGAACCUGGACGACAUCAAGAAUGCCUACACCGCACUGAGCGUGAAGCACUCUGAGAAACUCCACGUGGAUCCUGAUAACUUCAGGCUCCUCGCUGAGUGCAUCAGUGUGUGUGUGGCUGCCAAGUUCGGACGUCAAUUCACCGCUGACGCUCAGGAAGCCUGGCAGAAGUUCCUGGCUGUCGUGGUCUCUGCUCUGGGCAGACAGUACCACUGAGGGUCUGGAGACGCGCGUCACAGUCAGAUAAUGUGCAUCUGUUCUACAAGUGCCUUUAAGCUGUUACCAAAUGCACCAAAUAAAGCUCAAAUUAAAUAGCCUGCA